GGUAAGUCUUUUAAUUCUCUGGUAACAUUUCUUGCAAUCUAAGAAUCCCCCCACUAAAGCUGGAUCGAAACGUUUUCAACUAUUUUUAUUGCACGUAUUUCUUUGGAUCAUGGAAGAAUCAUGUGCUGUAAGUUCAUAGUUUAAGUUUAUACACAAGUUGACCCUUUGAGUAUUCUACAAUAUACGCCAAGUUCAUAAAUCACAAUCUUGUUUUGUGGUGUCCUCUUCUAGCUAGAGCUUUUGCAUUGUGUUUCUUUUAUGCUAUGAUGUGUCUAUAUUAGUUUCAAUUCUCCUAGUUUCUCAUCUAGAGGGGUGUCCAAAUAUUUUUCAUCAUUAGGAAAGUCCCCAAUGGGGAGAUCAUGUCUUCCCAAGUGUAGAGUUUCAAGAAUAAUGGGUUGGAUACAAAUUAUUUUAGGAGGGUUGGUGAUCUUGGUAAGCAUCUUGAGUCUCACUAGAUUCUACUAUGCAGGUUUUUUCCUCCACAAUGAAGACAUAUGCCACCAUUUCUACAAUGUGAGGGAUGUUUAUGAUGGUUUUGAUGCCAAAUCACUCUCUGAUAGAGUUGGAGAAGUGAUAGAUGGGUUGGAAGCUUUGAAGGCCAAGAUUGAGUCAAAACUACAAGAAAUGGAGAAAAGCAAGCUCACCUUAGUGGACAAGAAGUUUCUAGAGGAUCACAUAGUGAGCCCCCUUCAUAGCGCCAAUGUUGCUCUAAGGCAGAUCCAGGUCUCAAAGAUUGAAGAAGGAUUAAACUCCACAAAGGAGGAUCCUUUGAUCAAUUUUUUCAUCACUGAGGAGAUAAGAAAGUACAUAACCCCAAAGGAGAAUAGGGUUGGUAAGAUCAACCUAUAUGGGGUAGACAAGGUUUAUAACACUAUAGGCCAUGCAUGUGUUUUGCACAAGAAAGAGUUGGAGAAGUACAUGGACUAUGAUAUUGGCUCUUAUUGUGAUGAUGAUUGGAACUUGGCUCAGAAACUCAUGCUCAAUGGGUGUGAUCCUUUGCCUAGAAGGAGGUGCUUGACAAGGGCUUCAAAGGAGUACCAAAAGCCUCACCCCAUAAAUGAGUCACUAUGGACACUACCAGAUAGAAGAAAUGUGAGGUGGGGGAAUUACCAAUGCAGAAACUUUGAGUGCUUAUCAAGCAAGAACCCAAAGAGGGGCUAUUCAAAAUGCACUGGAUGCUUUGAAAUGGACAAGGAAAAGGUGAAAUGGGUCUCCAAUAGUACUUCAAUUCUUCCUGUGGACUUUUUGAUCAAUGACGUUUUGGCAAUUAAGCAAGGUGAGGUUAGGAUUGGACUAGACUAUGGCAUUGGAACUGGCACAUUUGCUGCAAGAAUGAGGGAGCAAAAUGUGACAAUUGUCUCAACUGCACUCAACCUUGGUGCUCCUUUCAGUGAGAUCAUAGCUCUUAGGGGUUUGGUUCCUUUGUAUGUCACAUUGAAUCAAAGGCUUCCAUUCUUUGAUAACACUAUGGAUUUGGUGCACACCACUGGCUUCAUGGAUGGUUGGAUUGACCUAUUGUUGUUGGACUUUAUACUGUAUGAUUGGGAUAGAAUUCUGAGACCUGGAGGCUUAUUGUGGAUAGACAGAUUCUUCUGUAGCAAAAAGGAUUUGGAUAAUUAUAUGUUCAUGUUUCUUCAACUAAGAUACAAGAAACACAAGUGGGUUAUUUCUCCCAAGUCAAAGGAUGAGGUAUAUGUUUCUGCAUUAUUGGAAAAACCUCCUAGAGCCAUAUGAACACAAUCAAUUUCUUGUCUUUUUUUUUCUUCUUUUCAUAAUGUUUGUUUGUGUAGGUGUGUUAUUAGAUAUGUAUAAGUAAUCAAGAGUUUUUUCUUUUGAAUUUCAUUCCUGGUACGGAUUUUAUUGGAAUAAUUUGCAAAAGUUUGCAAUG